UACGUCGUGAUUGGAGUCUAGACCCAAAGUAUCUUCAGCGACACAACGAGAAGUGAUGAAUAAAGAAUGCCUAAUCGACUAAGGACUAGUGCAUGCUGGGAUGUUUGCGAAAACGCCACCAACUUCUCAGGUCGAGAUGACUGGCCGACGCUGCUGUGGUCAUAUUUUAGCCGCACCCCGUAUCGACUUGUCUGGAGUGGCCUUCCUCAUCCGGGGGUUGCCUGUCAGCCGGACGUUAUUCGGACUCCGUUUUGUGCAGAUUUGUAGCCACUCGGUGGAUGGUCUUAAUAGUAGCAGUGGCUGAGCAGCGUCUGGAACCAUCUCAAGUCCAGCAGUGUCCCGCAAGCAAUAAUGCGAAG